CCGGGACUCUUCCCGCCGUCCCGCCCGCGCUCGGCGUUUCAAAAGCGACGGCUCGGGCGCAGCCAGUGACUGCGGAGCGCGCGGAGCCGAGCGCCUGGCGCUGCGCGGAGGGAAGCGGAGCUGUGCCGCAAUGGCUGAGUGUUUGCCGGAGAGCAGCGGUGGUGUAGUUCAUCCUGUAGACACCAUAGAAGAACUCUUGAAGGAAUGUGAUACUAUUUGGAAGCAGAUGGGAGAGUACCAGAGCAAGAUAUUACUUCAAGAAACGGAAACAGUGCUAAACUUGACUCCCAAGCUUUCCUUGUUAAUGAUGCAAGCAAAUGCUUUAACAGCAGAAUGCAAACAGUGGCAAAAUAGAAGACCUGAAUUAAUUUCUGCUGAUCCAAAUGCACUGUUAGCAUUAGGAAAAGAAGAGUUGCAGAAAGUAAAGGAUGAGCUUGAAAUGCUGCUGCAAACAGUUCAGUCAAAGAAUAAGCAGCUGGAAGAAGAUCUGAAAAGAGAACUGCAGUGGGAAAAUGAACAGAAAGAGAUACUAAAUGUUCUUAUUGGAAUUAAAGAAGAGACAGAAAAGGAAUUUGAAAAAGUUUCCACGAGAAGUUUAAAACCUGAAGAAUCUAAACUGCAAAAUGAAAUCUGGAAGCUACAGAUACAUAAGGAAAAACUCUUGAAUGCUUUUAGUGAAUUCCUAGAAAAACAUUUUCCCCUUCCAGAGAAAGACAGAAGAAAUGAGCAAUUUUCUAAAGAUCCAGAGGUAGAACUGUUAACACUGCAGGACAUUUUAGAGCGUCUUAUAAACAAAUUAUUGUACACACCAUAUGAACCCUAUGUCACAAUCGAUGACUCAUUUUGGCCACCUUACGUAGAGCUGCUACUGCGGUAUGGAAUUGCUCGGAGACAUACAGGAGAUGCAAACAGAAUGCGUCUGGAAGCCUUUCACCUGUAGUGUGACAACAAAAAUUUCUACUUUUCACUACUUGCAGUUAAAGUUGUCUUUCAGUUUUGUAGCAAGGUAUACCAAGAUUUUUGCUAUGUAGGCUUUUAGCUGCUUUCAAUAAGAUGCACAUUCAGAUAAAGGUAUUGGGGUUUUUUGUUAAGACCAUAUUGCAUCCAGGGAUCUUCUUUAAUGUUGACUUAUUACAUUGUUUUAACUCUUUUCAAUUCUCUUUUAGUGUAUUUUAAUUUGCAGACAUUUCAGAUACUAACAGUGAGGUAUCAUCUCAAGAAUGUAGUGGGCUUGGGGUUGGGUUUUAUUCCAGAGCUUUUGCAGACAAAUUUAUUGGCUUUUAAGAUAAACAUUUUCAAAAGCUGACAUUUUUCUAUGCAAAGGACUGCAGAUGUUGAGUGUACAGCUUUACAAAUGCAUGCUUCCUAAAUAGCCUAAAUUUGUGUUGUGUUACAUUACUCAACAGUGUUUGUCUUCACAGGGUUUUGGAUGUAGUUUAUCAAGGCUUGUAACUUAUUUCUGUUCAGUUAAUUUUUGUAGCUUUUAAGUUAUGUCAAUUGAUUGCUGUCUUCUGAAUAAAUCCUGCCAUGCUGUGUCACUCUAAUCUAUUUUCCACGGCCAUAGUGUGGUCCACAAAUCAACAAAAUUCUACUCUCCCAUAUCUAUAAAUACAGCUUUGGAAGUUUGGGGGAUUUAUUCACGGCAUCUGUCCUCCAAAAGUAAGGACCAAGUGUAUACAGCCCUGCUUCCUGAGACUGAACAUCAUCUGCUGAUGGGAAGUAGAGACUAAUAUGUCUCUCUGCUUUUGCUUUCUGUGUGGUCUGUUGUUCUGCUUAUUGUCAUUAUUAAAUUGCUUCUAUAUUA